GCCAGUCCUGGGCUUCAGCUCCAGAACGGCCACGGGCUAGCAAGGCCACCACUGAGCCCCGCCGCUUCUCCCCUGCCCAGGAUGAGAGUAUCAGGACUGUUUCAGUUCCUGGCCUUCAUCUUUGUCCUGAUCAUCUCCUUUGUCUUCAUCCGCAGCUACACCAGCAUCAGCAUGAAAAACACCCGUCUGCCCCGCUGGCUGGGCCCAGUCUCCAAGGAGAUCCCUGUCGUGAAGACUAAGUGUGGCCUCAGCAAGUCCUGUCCAGACAACUUCUUUGCUUUUAAAAUCUCAAGUGGGGCUGCCAACGUCGUGGGCCCCUCUAUAUGCUUCGAAGACCAUGUGAUCAUCAGUCCUGUGAAAGACAAUGUAGGCAGAGGCCUGAACAUCGCCCUGGUGAAUGGGGUCACGGGAGCCGUGCUGAGACAGGACUCUUUUGACAUGUACUCUGGAGAUCCUUCGCUCCUGGUGAAAUUCCUCAGAGAGAUUCCAGCGGACGUGCUGGUGCUGGUGGCCUCCUACGACGACCCGGGGACCAAAAUGAACGAUGAGAUCAGGAAGCUCUUUUCCAACCUGGGCAGCUCCUACGCAAAGCAGCUGGGCUUCCGGGACAGCUGGGUCUUCUUGGGGGCCAGAGACAUGGACAAUAAAAGUCCCUUUGAGCAGUUCUUAAAGAAUGACCCCGGCAAGAACAAAUACGAUGGCUGGCCGGAGCUGCUCGAGCUGGAGGGCUGUGUGCCCCGGAAGGUGAUUUAGGGCUUCUUCAGCUCCCCCUGGGUGGCCGCAAGCUGGACUGGAUGGAGCUGAGGGACAGCAGAGGACAAGGGACCAGUCGUGGCAGCAGGAAGGUGCUGAACCCCGCACUCUGUGGGAACAAAAGCCUCCAGGGGCUGAGGCACUGUCCUGCCUGGAGGGGGCGAGCCUCGGAGGGUCCUUCCGGAGCCGCUCUGUGUGCUUUCCCCUCGGAACUCUGGCUGCUGCCCCGAGAGCGGGCGGACUGCCCAC